AAAAACGGCAAGAAGCGGAGGAACCAAUAUUCGGGGUAUAAAAGACCACAAAUCAUCAAGGGGGAGCAUCAUUAAGCCAACAACUGAAAACCACUCAACAUGCGUCUAUUCGUGACCCUCUGCACUUUGGCUGCUCUUAGCCAGGCCAAGCCCCAGGGCUACAACUAUGGCAGUGGCGUCUCCGGUUCAUCCAGUGGAGGUUCCAGUGGCGGUUUCCUGGCCGCUCCCUCGGUGGCCUCCUACGGACCGCUGGGCGCCUUCCAGACCGCCAGUGUGGGCUCCUUGGUGGGCAGCUCCUCGGCUCCGCAGUCGGUGAGCCACUAUGGUGGUCAUGGCGGUGGUGCUACCUACUCCACUGGCGCUGGUCACGGAGGCUCUUACUCCACUGGUGGACAGGGUGCCACCUACUCCACCGGCGGACAAGGAGUCUCUUACUCCACUGGCGGACAGGGUGCCACCUACUCCACUGGCGGUGCCUCCAACUACGGCGGUAGCUCCGGCGGCAGCUCCUUCACCGGCUUCGGACCCUCGCCCAACAUCGGUUUCGGCACCCUGGCCGGCUACCAGGCACCCACGUACCAGCAGCAGCAGGAGCAGGAGGUCCAGCGCGGCUUCCAGGAGCCCAUCAUCCACAAGCAGUUCUUCACCGUCGCCGCGCCCGAGGAGCACGAGAAUCUGGAGCGCUCCAAGCACCUGGUGAUCGGUCGCCCGCAGAAGAACUACCGCGUGGUGUUCAUCAAGGCGCCAUCUUCGAGCAAUGCCAACGUGAAGCUGUCCGCCGAGUAUGCGCCUAAGGAGGAGAAGACCGUCAUCUAUGUGCUCAGCAAGAAGGACAACCAGCUGGAGGUCAACGACAUUGCCACGCCCGCACCCACGGUGCCCAGCAAGCCGGAGGUCUUCUUCAUCAAGUACAAGACCGAGGCGGAGGCCUCCCACGCCCAGCAGCAGAUCCAGGCCGAAUACGAUCGCAUCGAGGGAACCUCGGAGCACCAGGACGCCGGAGUGGCCCCCGCCCAGUCGGUGGUUGGCAUCUUGGACGGCGGUGCUGUUGGUGCCGCCAGCUCUGGCAGCUCUCACUUUGUGUCCGGAGGCACUGGUGGCUCCACUGGCAGCAGCUACACCUCGUCCUCGGGCGGCAGCUCUGGCGGAAUCUCCAGUGGAAUCUCCGGUGGAAUCUCUGGCGGAAUCGGCGGCGGCUCCAUCAUCAAGAACGCCCAGAGUGCCACCUAUCUGCCACCCAGUGGCAAAUAGAUUGUCACUCGCGUGGACGCAUAGCAACAAUUUUACUGUACAGUGAUGCAAUAGUCAAAGGUUUUUUUUUUCGAAAGCAUUAAUAAAUUUUUAACGAAAUAGAUGAAUAUA